GCGGGCGCCGGGAAAAGGGGAGGAGGGUGGAGGAGCCGGAGUAAGGGGAGGGGGAGGAGCGGCCAAGGCGGAAGCCAUGUUGGUGCUUCACCCGGAGCGAGGGGCUGCGAGCGUUCUCCUCUCCCCGUGGGUGUGACCGGGGUUCGGCGCGGCGCGGCUGCGAGGGGCGGGGACGGUUAGCCCGGUCGUCGCCGUCGUUGGCGGCGGCGGCGCGAGGGGAGCGGCGGCCGCAGCGUGGAGCCGGGCGAUUGUGACCUCCGGGGGAGCAGGGGUCCCGCCGCGGCUCCCACUCUCCGUGUGGCCCCCUGAGCGCCCCCCCUCCCCGGCCCGGGAGGGAGGCGGGGGGCACCCGGGCCCGCCAUGAACCCCGGCUUCGAUCUGUCCCGCCGGAACCCGCAGGAGGACUUCGAGCUGAUUCAGCGCAUCGGUAGCGGCACCUACGGCGACGUCUACAAGGAAGUUCCCCUUUCCAGACCAGACUCAAGAGACUUUGGGAAGAGGAUAUAACACUGACCAAAGGCCCGGAAUGUUAACACUGGUGAAUUAGCAGCAAUUAAAGUAAUAAAGUUGGAACCAGGUGAAGACUUUGCAGUUGUGCAGCAAGAAAUUAUUAUGAUGAAAGACUGUAAACACCCAAAUAUUGUUGCUUAUUUUGGAAGCUAUCUCAGGCGAGAUAAACUUUGGAUAUGCAUGGAGUUCUGUGGAGGUGGCUCUUUACAGGAUAUUUAUCAUGUAACGGGACCUCUGUCAGAAUUGCAAAUUGCAUAUGUUAGCCGAGAAACACUACAGGGACUAUACUAUCUUCACAGUAAAGGAAAAAUGCACAGAGAUAUAAAGGGCGCUAACAUUCUGUUAACGGAUAAUGGUCAUGUGAAAUUGGCUGAUUUCGGAGUAUCUGCACAGAUAACAGCUACAAUUGCCAAACGGAAGUCUUUCAUUGGUACACCAUAUUGGAUGGCUCCAGAAGUCGCAGCCGUUGAGAGGAAAGGGGGGUACAAUCAGCUCUGUGACCUCUGGGCAGUGGGGAUCACCGCCAUAGAACUUGCUGAGCUCCAGCCUCCUAUGUUUGACUUACACCCAAUGAGAGCAUUAUUUCUAAUGACAAAAAGCAAUUUUCAGCCUCCUAAACUAAAGGAUAAAGUGAAGUGGUCAAAUAGUUUUCAUCAUUUUGUGAAAAUGGCACUUACCAAAAAUCCAAAAAAAAGACCAACAGCUGAAAAGUUAUUACAGCAUCCGUUUGUCACACAACCUUUGACACGGUCUUUGGCAAUUGAACUAUUGGAUAAAGUGAAUAAUCCUGAUCAUUCCACUUACCAUGAUUUUGAUGAUGAUGAUCCUGAGCCUCUUGUUGCUGUGCCACAUAGGAUUCAUUCAACAAGUAGAAACGUGAGAGAAGAAAAAACACGCUCGGAGAUCAACUUUGGCCAAGUAAAAUUUGAUCCACCCUUAAGGAAAGAGACAGAACCACAUCAUGAACUUCCCGACAGUGAUGGUUUUUUCGACAGUUCAGAAGAAAUAUACUACACUGCAAGAUCUAAUCUGGAUCUACAACUAGAAUAUGGACAAGGACACCAAGGUAGUUACUUUUUAGGUGCAAACAAGAGUCUUCUGAAGUCUGUUGAGGAAGAAUUACAUCAGCGAGGGCAUGUGGCACAUUUAGAAGAUGAUGAAGGGGAUGAUGAUGAAUCUAAACAUUCAACCAUGAAAGCAAAAAUUCCACCUCCUUUGCCACCAAAGCCUAAGUCCAUAUUCAUACCCCAGGAAACUCAUUCUACUGAGGAUGAUAAUCAAGGAACAAUCAAGAGAUGUCCCAUGUCAGAGAGCCCAGCUAAACCAUCCCAAGUCCCACCUAGACCACCACCUCCCAGACUGCCUCCACAAAAGCCUGUUGCUUUAGGAAAUGGAGUGGGCUCCUUCCAGUUAAAUGGUGAACGAGAUGGAUCCUUAUAUCAACAACAGAAUGAACAUAGAGGAACAAACCUUUCAAGGAAAGAAAAGAAAGAUGUACCAAAGCCUAUUAGUAACGGUCUACCCCCAACACCUAAAGUGCAUAUGGGUGCUUGUUUUUCAAAGGUUUUUAAUGGGUGUCCCUUGAAAAUUCACUGUGCAACAUCAUGGAUAAACCCCGAUACCAGAGAUCAGUACUUGAUAUUUGGUGCCGAAGAAGGGAUUUAUACCUUGAAUCUUAAUGAACUUCAUGAAACAUCAAUGGAACAGCUAUUUCCCCGAAGGUGUACAUGGUUGUAUGUAAUGAACAAUUGCUUAUUAUCAAUAUCUGGUAAAGCUUCUCAGCUUUAUUCCCAUAAUUUACCAGGGCUUUUUGAUUAUGCAAGACAAAUGCAAAAGUUACCUGUUGCUAUUCCAGCACACAAACUCCCUGACAGAAUACUGCCAAGGAAAUUUGCUGUAUCAGCAAAAAUCCCUGAAACCAAGUGGUGUCAGAAGUGUUGUGUUGUGAGAAAUCCUUACACAGGCCAUAAAUACCUAUGUGGGGCACUUCAGACUAGCAUUGUUCUAUUGGAAUGGGUUGAACCAAUGCAGAAAUUCAUGUUAAUUAAGCACAUAGAUUUUCCUAUACCAUGUCCACUUAGAAUGUUUGAAAUGCUGGUAGUUCCCGAACAGGAGUACCCAUUAGUUUGUGUUGGUGUCAGUAAAGGGAGAGACUUCAACCAAGUGGUUCGAUUUGAAACAGUCAAUCCAAAUUCUACCUCUUCGUGGUUUACAGAAUCAGAUACUCCACAGACAAGUGUCACUCACGUAACCCAGCUGGAGAGAGACACCAUUCUUGUGUGCUUGGACUGUUGUAUAAAAAUAGUAAAUCUCCAAGGAAGAUUAAAAUCUAGCAGAAAAUUAUCAUCAGAACUCACCUUUGAUUUCCAGAUUGAAUCAAUAGUUUGCCUACAAGACAGUGUGCUAGCUUUCUGGAAGCAUGGAAUGCAAGGUAGAAGUUUUAGAUCUAAUGAGGUAACACAAGAAAUUUCAGAUAGCACAAGAAUUUUCAGACUGCUUGGAUCUGACAGGGUCGUGGUUUUGGAAAGUAGGCCAACUGAUAACCCCACAGCAAAUAGCAAUUUAUACAUCCUGGCGGGUCAUGAAAACAGUUACUGAGAAAUGUGCUUUGGCAGUUAACUAUGAAAAAAGAACACUACCACUGCAACACUAAUGGAUGCUUGAAGCUGUACAAAGGCUGCAGUAACCUGGCUGAGUUACUUGUAAUUUAUUGUGGCAUGAGACAAGAUGGGGAAACUUUUUGUUUUAAGUGGUAUGGAUAUAUUUAGCAUAUUGAACCACACAAGUGCUUAAUUCAUUGUUAUGUAAUCUUUGUACAUAUAGGCAGUAUUUUUCUGUAAAACUUCAUAUUGCUAAAGACAUACACUAAGAAUUUAUGUAGAUAAUGUACUUUUAUGAGAUGUACAAGUAAGUGUCUUAUCUGUACAAAUGUAAAUGUUGAUGAAAAUGCAAUUGGAGUUAAUAUUUUAAGAAUUCUUUAGUAUACUCUUGGUGUGACUAUAUUACAAAAUGGGAUGCUGGCAAUGAAACAGUACAUUUAACACUAUUGUAUUUUUAUUAUAUGUAAUUUAGUAAUAUGAAUAUAAACCUUGUAACGUUUAAAGUUAUGAUGGAGGCUGUAAUCAUUUUAUAAUCUUGUUUUUAAUUUUAAUGCAAGUACACUGGUGUUUAUAUUUGCACAAAGUAUUGAUACGUGAUGCAGUCAGUCACAAAAGUAAGCUGUGACAUUGUCAAUAUGCAUUUGGCGCCACAACAUCUUUUUAAAAUGUAUUUGGAUUGUUUUCUAUGUGAAACAAACCAAUUAACCACCUGUUGUAGUAACUGGUCUUUUUAUAUUUAAGCAGAAUCUGUAAGAUUGCUUGUCUGUGCUUAAAAACAAUACCUUUGAAAAAAUUUUGAGUCACAGAAUAGCGGUACCAUGAUAUAACACUGCAGUUGUCUGAACUACAGUAUGCACAAAGAAUAAAUUAGCAUUAAUAAAGAGUCCACACUAAACAUUUCAUAUAAUCACAUUGAAGAGCUGUAACAUUCCAUAGAGUGAAGUGGUUCAAAUUUCUAGUGGAGUUUUUACUUUUGUUGGCCUUAUUUUAUGAUCAUUUUCCUAUUUUUUUUAUUUAGAGCAGUGGUUCUCAACCCGUGGGUCACGAACAAUGAAAAUACAUCCUGCAUAUCAGAUAUUUACAUUACGAUUCAUAACAGUAGCAAAAUUACAGUUAUGAAGUAGCAACGAAAAUAAUGUUAUGGUUGGGGGUCACCACAACAUGAGGAACUGUAUUAAAGGGUUGUGGCAUUAGGAAGGUUGAGAACCACUGAUUUAGAGUUUAACACAUGGCCAAAAUAAUUUAGUUACUACCUCAUAUAAACAGUAUAAUGGUUACUACACAUCACAGGAACUUAGUUUUGGUUCAAGUCAUUUUUUAUUGCUUUUUUCCAAUGGAAUAUGUAUAUACCAAGUUUUAGCAGAAUGCACACUCUUGGCUCUUUUUUGGUAUACGGUCUUUAUAUUUUAAUGUAAGUAUAUACACUAAGAACAAACUAAAUUGUGAUUUAUGAUCUUCAUUUAUUUUAAUUGACAAUGCUUUUAAAUAUGUGUCUGAUUGUACAUAGUGUAAAAUAAACAUGUUUUUUUAACAUGCUGUUGUAUAGUAGCUUGUUAUCUGGCUUCAUCUACCUAUAGUAAGACUAAAAUAUAUUGAGUAAAAGUGUUUUUAAAUUAUAUUCUGCAUUAAAUCCUUAAGGAUUCAUUCUGGUACCUCCAA